AUGGCCGAGCCAGGCGCCCCGGCCGGCCGCGGGGGGGGCACCGCCACCGCCACCGCCACCCGCCCGCGCCGCGGCGCCCGGGGCCGAGCCCGCCGGAGACGGACCCGCAGGGGAGCGGCGCCCGACGACGUGGUGCACGAGACGGACGACGGCGUGCUGCUCGUCAUCCCCAGCGCCGGGGCGCAGGCGGCCGCCGGCAAGAAGAGGCCGGCGCGGGGCCCCCCGGCGAGGAAGAGGAGGCGAGAGGAAGAAAGGGCCCCGGCGGCGGCUCCCGAGAGCCGCGCGGCCCCGGCGAGCUCGGCCGGCGCUGCUCAGAGCUCCUGGGGCGAGCGGCUGCCCGUGGAGCUCCUGGUGCGCAUCUUCGAGCCCGUGGUGGCCCGCGACGGCGCCGUGCCCUUCCUCUGCAGGGCCGCCCGCGUGUGCCGGCUGUGGUACGGCGCAGCCUCCGAGCCGGUGCUUUGGCAGAAGGUCUCGCUGGGCUUCUGCUGGGGGGAGCCGGGCAAGAAGCGCCCGCCGCCGGUGCAGAAGAGGGUCCUGGGCACGGUGCGGUGGCUGGCGGCGAGCAGGUUUUCGCUUCUGCGGGACUUCGUGCUUUGCCGCUGGAAGAGCCACGUGCCCUUCGUGCUCGAGGCGCUGCAGGACUGCUGCCCCCUCCUCGCCUCCCUCAAGCUGUCCCACUGCAGCGGGGUCACCGCGGAGGCCCUCGCCGGCCUGGCCGCCCGCUGCCCCCGCCUCCACAGCCUGAACCUGCAGAACUCCCAGGUGGACGCCUCGGCCGUGGUGACCUUCCUGGAGGUGGGCGGCAGCCGGCUGCGGCAGCUCUGGCUGACCUACAGCUCCCGCCUGAGCGCCAUCGUGGCCGCGCUGGCGAGCGGCUGCUGCCCCGGCCUGCGGCUCCUCGAGGUGAACACGGAGGUCAAGCAGAGCAGCCAGCACUUCCAGGUCCCCGUGGAGCAGCUGCAGGCAGCCUGUCCCCAGCUGCAGGUGCUGCGCCUGCUCAACGUGAUCUGGUCGCCGAAGGCGAGCCCCCGCGCGGCCCCCGCGGGCCCCGGCUUCCCGCAGCUGGAGGAGCUGUGCCUGGCCACCACCUCGUACUCCUUCGUCAGCGACGGCGUGCUGCAGCGCAUCCUGCACGCCUCGGCGCAGCUGCGCGUGCUCGACCUGCGCGGCUGCUCCCGCGUCACGCCCCAGGGGCUGCAGGCGCUGCCCUGCCCCGACCUGGAGCAGCUGCACCUGGGGCUGUACGGCAGCGCGGGGCAGCUGGUGCGGCCGGCGCGGGGCAGCGCGCUGCUCACCGGGAAGUGGCGGCACAGCCUGCGCGAGCUCGACCUGGCCGGCCAGAGCUUCGGCGAGCGCGACCUGGAGCAGGCGCUGGCCGCCUUCGCCCAGGGCCCCGCCGGCGCCGCCCUCCGCUCCCUCAACCUCACCGGCACCAAGGUCACCCUCGGCACCGUCAGCGCCCUCCUCCUCGGCUGCCCGACCCUCACCUACCUCAACCUGUCUUCCUGCCGCUACCUGCCCCGCGGGAUGAAGAAGGCGUACCGGGGCCAAGACGCCCUCCGCCAGUGCUUGCACCGGCUCCUCACGGCCGCCGACGAGCCCUCGGCCCAGGACACGGCGUAGGGAGGCCCGACCCGCCGGCAGCACCCGCCACCGGGAGCCCCGCGGGCCGCGGCAGCAAUAAGGACUCAGGACGCCCCCCUGCCCCGCUCCCCCCGCGUUUUGUAUCCCCCCUCCCCGGUUUUGUAGGGUUUUCCCAGGCGCCGCAGCGCCUGGCGCUAUGCAAUAAAGGGCCGCGGCCUCGGGGCGCC